GGGAAUACAAAUCCACCAGCGGGUGUGAGAAGCCACCAAAACAUGAGCCGCGACAGUCUUCUCCUAGAUUCUGCCUACUCAAGGAUCUUAUUCUUUUUCAUAGCUAUUGUUGAGAGGUUAACUACCAUCUAAUUUUUUUUAAAAAAUUUUAUUUGACAACAAACCACUGGAUUGAAAAUGAAGCUCAACAUCGCCAUCUUCUUUGGGGCCAUCUUCGGUGCUUUGGGGGUCUUACUGUUUUUGGUGGCUUUUGGAUCAGAUUAUUGGCUUCUCGCAACCGAAGUGGGGAAGUGUUCAGGUGAACAGAAUAUAGAGAAUGUCACUUUCCACCACGAAGGAUUCUUCUGGAGGUGUUGGUUUAAUGGGAUUGUGGAAGAGAAUGACUCCAAUGUCUGGAAGUUCUGGUAUACUAAUCAGCCACCAUCCAAGAACUGCACACACGCCUACCUGUCGCCGUACCCCUUCAUGAGAGGCGAGCACAAUUCAACCUCCUAUGACUCUGCAGUUAUUUACCGGGGCUUCUGGGCCGUCCUGAUGCUGCUGGGCGUGGUGGCUGUCCUGACUGCGAGCUUCCUGAUCAUCUGUGCGGCCCCCUUCGCCAGCCACUUCCUUUACAAAGCCGGGGGCGGUUCCUACAUCGCUGCGGGUGUCCUGUUCUCCCUGGUGGUGAUGCUGUAUGUCAUCUGGGUCCAGGCGGUGGCGGACAUGGAAAGCUACAAAGCCACGAAAAUGAAAGAAUGCUGGGAGUUCACGCCCUCUGUGCUCUACGGCUGGUCGUUUUUUCUGGCUCCAGCGGGGAUAUUUUUCUCUCUUUUAGCUGGGUUACUAUUUCUAGUCAUCGGACACCAUAUCCAGUCACAUCACUAAGCGGUCUGUGACCACCAAUAUUUUCAUGGUAGAUUUGAAAACACGGCAUACUCCUUGUCUUAUUCAUUUUGUGUUAGAACUCUCAACGCCAAAUUGAUUGAUGAAUUACCAUUUGGGAUGAGGCAUUUCACUUCUGCUUCCCUCUGAUAAGAAGGUGCUAGCAGGUGUACAACAUUGCUGUCGUAAGUAAAUGCUAGUGAGGACCUAGUUUCCCAGGGAACAGGUAGGUAAUGAACGUCUUGCUUGUGGAGGAUGGACUUCAUAGAAAACCCUAAGAUGGAACAAAUCAAGAUUUGGCUUAAAGUCUCCUACUUGACAUCCAGUACUUGUGAUAAGUUGGUGUUAUUUUUUUUAAUGGAGAGUAAGGAAGACUAGAAAACAAAUGUCUGAAUUUAUUUCAUUUUUUUCCUCUACUCACAUGGGAAUCUACAUACAAAUUGACUGACUUCCUUGAGUUAAAUGAUCCAAUGCUUAAAAAUAGACAACAGUAGUGAAUUAGAAGCCACAACAUAGAAGGAGCCACCACACACAAAAGGUGUGCACUUACUCAAGCAUCUGGACUACAGAGGCUUGGACAUCUAAUUUUAUUCUUUUAAUUUUGUGUGCUUGCUUGAUCUUUAAUCUAUCUUUACAAGGAGCAAAUCUAUACCCCAAAUGAUACCUAGGGCCGGUUUGAGUUAUAUGAACUCAAAGCAGGUUAAUUAUGUAAUGUAAUGUGGUUUAAAAUAUGUAAAAUCCAACCACCACGGCUUAGCACAUAAUUCUAUUUGAUAUUUUAAAAUUCCCAUUUAAAAAUCAUAUUGCAGAGCCUUUCAGCACGUGGAAAUUUAUCGAUGAAAUGUGCUUUAGGUGUACGUUCCCCAGCUAUAAACUUUCCAGAUACUUUCAUGUGGAGAUGAUAACAGUCUUGCUUUAGAAAAGACUAUGAGAUAUUAACUUCUCCCCCAGAUUUUAUCUUUCCAGCUCUUCUGAUCAUUUGAUUUCCUUAAUUAUUGUCUCUCAAUUUCUUCAUCUUUGCAAUAGAUAUAGUAACACGUACAGAUCCACAAUUUCCUUUAACAUGGUGGAAGGGAAGGUUUUGUGAGAAAAUAUACUACUUCAUUAUGCAGUAAGGCAGACAUUUGUACCAAUCAAAGCUCUUCCUUUGGUAGGAAUGUGGAUGGAAAUCAACCCCAUCUGAGAAACCUAGGGGGUAUUUUUGCCUUCUGGAAGCUUCUAUCAUGGAGGAGUCUGGUGUGAGUGCCGGAACAGAGAAAUGCACAGCCUGUGACCUUUGUUGCGGGCUCCGAGCUUCGUUCAGCAGCUGUUGGGGAGGCGGCAUGGCGGUGACCGCUGGACAGGGCUGCGGGAGAGAUGGACAUCUCCUUCCUGCCCAUCUGUGGCCGCACUGGAGAUGCUGCCUAAGCGCUCACUGCGCAUGCGGCACUUGGUCACCGAGCCUCGUUUCCACCGAAGCAAAGGCUUCGGCUCCAUCCAGAGCCACAAGGACAGCUUCGCGACAGCUGGGACUUGUCUGUAAAUACAACAACAACAACAACAAUAACAACAAUUCUUUAAAAGUUCCUGGGUCGAACUGGCUUAAGCCAAGUCAUUUCAGUGACAGCAUAAGUAUGAUUUUUCGGGUUUUGUUUUUUUUUUCCUUUUGUCUUCUCCUGUUUCAUUUUUAUAUUGCUUCAGUUACUUCUUUGGUUUUAUUUUGGCUGGCUUAUCAGAGAAAUAAUGAUGGGGUUCUGUUAUGCAUAUUGACUGUGAUAUUAAGUUAUGGCAUGCCAUUAAGUUUUCCAGACGAUGCUUAGAAAGAUUUGAUUAGUUCAUGUCAUCUGAACAUACAAUUCUUUUCCCUAGAACUUUGGAAUGGAACCUUUUCCCAGAGUACUGUAUGCCAUUUAAAUUUCACAUGCAAGCUGCUUUUAGUAAAGGUUUGAAUAUUUAUAAA